AGUCGCUGCAGUUCCCUCCACUCUGGUGGUCCCGUGUCCCUGCAGGGAGUCCGGGGGUCGGCGGGCCACUAAGACUUGGUGCAGGGCCGGCCCCGCCUGUCCCUCCCUCGGCCAGGCCUAGACGGUCGGGGCAGCGGGGACAUGGAGCCCUCUCCCGCCCCUGGGGGCUCGGAGACCACUCGUCUGGUGAGCUCCCGGGACCGCGGCAGCACUGGCGGCAGCUUGCGUUUGAAGAGUCUCUUCACAGAGGCCCCAGAGCCCCUCCCCGAGGAGUCCAAACCUGUGGCAAUGCCUUCCCACCACUGCCACAGGGACCCUCUGCCACAGCAGGGCCUUACCCCUGAGAGGCUGCAGGCGCGGAGGCAGCUGUAUGCCGCCUGUGCUGUGUGCUUCGUCUUCAUGGCCGGGGAGGUGGUUGGCGGGUAUUUGGCACACAGCCUGGCUAUUAUGACCGAUGCAGCCCACUUGCUGGCAGACGUGGGCAGCAUGAUGGGCAGCCUCUUUUCCCUUUGGCUCUCUACACGUCCAGCCACCCGCACCAUGACCUUUGGCUGGCACCGCUCAGAGACUCUGGGGGCUCUGGCGUCUGUGGUCUCCCUCUGGAUGGUCACUGGCAUCCUCCUGUACCUGGCCUUCAUCCGCCUGCUGCACAGUGACUACCACAUCGAGGGGGGUGCCAUGCUGCUGACCGCCAGCAUCGCAGUCUGUGCCAAUCUGCUAAUGGCCUUUGUGCUGCAUCAGGCCGGCCCCCCCCACAGCCACGGGUCUACAGGGGCAGAGUAUGCACCGCUAGAGGAGGGGCCUGGGGAGCCCUUGCCCCUGGGGAACACCAGUGUCCGAGCAGCCUUUGUACACGUGCUAGGGGACCUCCUGCAGAGCCUUGGGGUGUUGGCUGCCUCCAUCCUCAUCUACUUCAAGCCUCAGUACAAGGCGGCUGACCCCAUUAGCACCUUCCUCUUCUCCAUCUGUGCCCUUGGAUCCACAGCGCCGACCCUCCGGGACGUUCUUCGAAUCCUCAUGGAAGGUACCCCCCGCAAUGUGGGAUUUGAACCUGUGCGUGAUACAUUGCUGUCAGUGCCAGGAGUUCGGGCAACCCAUGAACUGCACCUUUGGGCCCUCACGCUCACUUACCAUGUUGCCUCUGCACACCUGGCCAUUGACUCCACUGCUGACCCUGAAGCCGUCCUGGCUGAAGCCUCAUCCCGGCUCUACUCCCGGUUUGGAUUCUCCAGCUGCACCCUGCAGGUUGAGCAGUACCAGCCAGAGAUGGCCCAGUGCCUACACUGCCGGGAGCCCCCUCAAGCCUGA